GGCGGCAAUACAGAAGAAGGGGAAAGGAAGAGUUCCUGCUGUGCAAAAAAGAGAGAUCGGAGGAGCUUGUUACAGCGACGGCGCGACUCAAGAUGAACAAAUUGCUCUUCUUAUGAUGGUCAUCAAUCAACAACAUUGAGUAACUGCUGCUCGUGAUUGAAACAACUCCAAGUAUAUAUAGAUCAAUCUAUUUCAUAAAGUAGUUGAUAGAGAUGAACAACUAUGAAUCAGAGUCUUUAGUAACAGGAGUGUUUGAAUUACCCGGAGAACCUGCAAUUAUCAUCAAUGGUGUGCCUCUACUUCCAUCAAAAGAUAUAAUUCCAAUUGAGGUAAUUUCUAAUGCAGAGUUAAGUAUAGUCACUGAAUUUGGAGAAUGGUUGGAAGGAAGAGGAGUUAGAAAGAUAUUUGAAGGGAAAUUUUAUGACGGAAAGGUUACAAUGUAUGACAAGGAAAACGGUUGGUAUAGAGUUGUGUAUGAAGACAAUGAUUAUGAAGAUUUGGAUUGGCAUGAGUUGGAAAAAGUGCUUCUGCCAUUGGAUGUAAAUGUCCCAUUGAGGACAUUAGCAAUGAAGGUCAUCAAGAAAAGAGACAAAAACACCAAUAAGCAUAAGUUGUCGGGGAAGAAAACUGUGGCCAACAAGUCUUGAACCGAUGGAGAUUAUAACUUUCAUAUUUCAUGUGUUUCUUCUCCCGUAUAAUCUUCACAAUAAUCUCGCAAUCGUGUUCUAUUUGCAAAACAUAACAUUGCAAUUAAUUGGUCAGAAGAAGUCGAUCCACUAGUUCAACAUAUUAUGUCAAAAGCUGCAUCAAACAUGAAAGAAAAAUUACAUUUAGAAACACAAAGAU